AUGGCAACCAACCACUUCCUUCCCUUCUUUUGUCAUAUCACGAAGACGACUGAUCCUGGUGUCAGCGGUGAGCUAAUGCGGUCACCUCAGGUAAGCACCCAGAGGCCUGUCAAUAACGGAAACCUCGAUGGCAGAUUUCUGGCCUUUGAUGAUGAUGAUGAUGAUGAUGAUGAUGAUGAUGAUGAUGAUGAUGAUGAUGAUGAUGAUGAUGAUGAUGAUGAUGAUGAUGAUGAUGAUGAUGAUGAUGAUGAUGAUGAUAGUCUCACAAAUGUUUCCUGCGGCUGA